GUUUUUUCUUAUUAUGAAGCUGGCUGGCUCGGACUGAUCCUGCUGAUGUUGCUCGUGUGGAAAGUUUAACAUUUAUGUCUACUCCAAAUAAAAGUGAUACAGUUCCAACUCCAAAAGAAGGAGUAAAAGGAACCCUUGGGAAUUGGAUGUCUCCUGAGGAUAUGGAAAAAGCUUUUCGAGAACGCUUUCCGGGAUGCAUGAAAGGCAGGACAAUGUAUAUCAUUCCAUUUAGUAUGGGUCCCAUUGGUUCUCCAUUAUCAAAGAUUGGAAUUCAGCUUACGGAUUCUCCAUAUGUUGUUGCUUGCAUGAGAAUUAUGACACGAAUGGGUUCUACUGUUCUCAAAGUACUUGGUAAUGAAGAAUUUGUGAAAUGCUUACAUUCUGUGGGUCAGCCACUUCCAAUGAAAAAUCCCCCUGUAAACAACUGGGCAUGUAAUCCACAGAAAACAAUCAUUGCUCACAUCCCAGCUAACAAUGAAAUUUGUUCUUUUGGAAGUGGUUAUGGUGGAAAUUCACUUCUUGGAAAGAAAUGUUUUGCUUUGAGGAUUGGAUCUAUUCUAGCCAAAAGAGAAGGAUGGUUAGCUGAGCAUAUGCUGAUUUUAGGUAUUACUAACCCAAAAGGCCAGAAAAAAUAUGUAGUCGCUGCAUUUCCAAGUGCCUGUGGGAAAACAAAUUUAGCUAUGAUGAAUCCUUCUUUACCUGGAUAUAAAGUAGAAUGUGUUGGUGAUGAUAUUUGUUGGAUGCGGUUUGAUGAAAAUGGACAGUUGAGAGCUAUUAAUCCUGAAUAUGGUUUCUUUGGUGUUGCACCAGGAACAUCAAUGAAAACAAACCCGAAUGCAAUGCUCACAAUUCAGAAAAACACGAUGUUCACUAAUGUAGCAGAAACUAGUGAUGGUGGCUUUUUCUGGGAAGGUUUAGAAGAUGAAAUCCCUGCUGGUGUUAAAAUAACUUCUUGGCUAGGAAUGGAAAAUUGGACUCCAGAUGUUGGAAAGCCAGCUGCUCACCCAAAUUCAAGGUUUUGUUGUCCUGCUAAACAAUGCCCAAUUAUGGAUCCAGCAUGGGAAGAUCCUAAUGGUGUUCCAGUCAGUGCUAUUAUAUUUGGUGGCCGAAGACCAAAAGGUGUUCCUUUGGUUUAUGAAGCAUUUAACUGGAGGCAUGGUGUUUUUAUUGGCGCAGCUAUGAGAUCUGAGGCUACAGCUGCAGCUGAACAUAAAGGGAAAGUGAUUAUGCAUGAUCCAUUUGCCAUGCGUCCCUUUUUUGGCUAUAAUUUUGGUCAUUAUCUAAAACAUUGGCUUAGUUUUGAAAAAAAGAAUAAUCUCAAACUUCCCCAAAUAUUCCAUGUCAAUUGGUUCAGGAAGGAUGAAAACAACAAAUUUUUAUGGCCUGGCUUUGGUGAAAAUAGUCGAGUUUUAGAUUGGAUCUGCCGUAGAGUAGAUGGUGAAGAUAUUGCUCAGGAAACUGCCAUUGGUUACAUUCCAAAAGAAGGGUCAUUAAACCUUUCUGAUCUCUCUUCUGUUAACACGGAAGCUCUCUUUAGUUUACCCAAAGAUUUCUGGCUGCAAGAAUGUGUAGAUAUUGACAAAUAUUUAAGUGAACAAGUUCAUAAUGAUUUACCCAAUGAAAUAAGAGAAGAGCUAAGGAAGUUAGAAGAACGUGUUAAAAAUAUGUAAAUAAUUAAGAGAGAUAUAUUUUUAAUCCAGAUUUUAAUAGGUAGCACAAUUUUUGUUGUAAAAAGCAAAUAAAUGUCAAUAUUUCAUAAAUUUAAAAUUUUAUUUUGGUAGAUACAUUUUACCUUGUUUUUAAAUUUAUUUAUUUUUGUCUGUGUAUUAAAUUGUGAAUGUCAGAAAUACUUUAAAACCUAUUAGAAAAGUGAGAAAUCUGUUCAGCGGAAAUACCUGCAUACAUUUUGAAUUUCUAUAUUACAACCUCAAUAAUUUUGCAGUAUCUAUGCAGAAAUAUAUUUCAGUUCCUAGUCAUUUUAAUAUUUGGCUCUGUUUGUAUAUGGCUCAUUUUAAAAAAUUCUGUAAUUUAACUUUUUAACAUAUUUUUAAUUUUUGUAUGACAUAUAUAUUUUUAGAUGCUACAGUUACAGUAAUCUUUGUAUAUUAAUACUGUAUAAUUGUUUUUCAGUAUUUGUUAAACAUCUUUCUUGAAGAAAGUGUUAAGUGAAUAUUGGAAUUAUGUAUACAGUUUUAAUUUUUUUGUAUUUAAAAGCACUUGGUCUAGAAUUCUUUUAUUCUAGAUGUAUUGUGAAGAAUUUAAAUUUUUCAUUUAUAAAGCUGUAUGAAAAUUUAUUUAAUAAUGCUUAAGUUUUGCUACAUACAGUUUCUUAUUUGUCUAUGUUUUUUAAUAGUUUAAAUAUUUAGAGCUUAGACCUGACUAUGUUCCUUUACAUGUUAAAAAUGUUUAUUAUAUAUUUGUCUGUGUCAUAAUGUAUUUAUACAUUGAUAGUCCCCUGCUUUUUUUAAAAUGGCUUUAAUAUUUUAUCUUUGCAUUUAAUAUUAUGUUAAUCAUCGUAUGGAAUAUCAAACAUUUUUAAUUAGCUGUUGUCUAAUGUUAAAUUCAGUUGAACCAGCUGUCUAAUGUGAAGUCCAGUAUAUGUAAUAUGGAGCCUAUAUUAUUCUUAUUUUGUAUGGACUGUAUAAUUAGAUCAGAGCUAAAAUAUAUUAAACUAAUAUUUAUAUGAUAACUUGUGAUGGAACUGUGAUGUGCUGCCAAUGAGCUGUUAUAUUUUUUAAAAAUUUUAAAUCUAAAUGUUUUUUCAUACUGGCUGGGGGUUAUUGCUUCAGAUUUUUAUAAUCACAAAUCUUAAGUAAAUGCUUUAAUGAUGAAAUUAUUAAAAAUAUUAUUGAAAAAAAAAGGCUGAAAGUAGCACUUGUUUUUAGUUGCAUAUGAAAAGCUUAAUUAAAAUCUUUCCAAAACUUUAUUUGUAUUCCUUUUUGAUGUAGAGUGUAUGAAAUUAAUAACAAAAAUGUAUUAAUAUUAUAUGCAUUAAAACAUAUUUUAAUUGAA